AUGGAGUUGCAGGUCAUCGACCACAUGACCAUGAGCCCACUUCAUUUACCAAUUUCCGUUCGUUAUCGCAAGUCGCCAGCUCCGUUCAGCUCCAUGUUUGCCAACCACCUUGUGACUAUCGCCCCUCAUGCUGCCGUCAUCGUUAGUCCCGUCGAUCACAGUUCCCAGCAACGAAGUUCAUCUACAACAGGAAAUUCGUCUCGACACACAAAGAAACAACGCGCCAAGAGCGAAGACUUGAACAGUAACAACAACAAGAAGGAAGCGGCGACGUCUCGGUAUUCGUCGUGAACGGACAACUCACGAAAGUGAGUUGCAGCCAUCGCGAGCGUGAAGGAUGGAACCAUGCGGUACUCAGCCAUGGCCGCGCCACGUCGUGAAGCUCGAUAGCUCUGUACGAUACAAUAAUCUACUCUCAUGUUGCAAUUGUGUAUGUUGGCAAUUGCCAUAUUGACAAUAAUCGAGUCUUGAUGACAACUCUUUUUUCCGAAGAUAAAGUUAUGGAGAGAUAAAUAGCAAGGCUGUAAUACAUGUACAUGCAGCAGCGCC